GCCUCUACACCCUUGACACCGCCGAGUGUCCGUAUCAAGGGAGCAUCCCCAGACUAUAAGAGCGACGUGGAGACCUUUUGCUUCUCUGAAGACGCGACGAAGUCUGCCUUUGCCAGCCCACGCCAAACACCAAGGAAGUCCCUGGCUUUAACAAAGCCAGCCAAGAAAGGGGUCUCGAAAGAGCCCAAAGAGUUCAGAAUGCCGACACCGAGCAGCAGCAUCAGCUCUCCUGUGUCAAUGGCAUCGCCAGCAAGUCCAGAGGAGUCCGAGGUGCCACGGUCCAGGAGCAGGCGGACUAAGGCUACACUGCAGGAGCCGGACUGGACAGAUGUGACGGACCCGGAAGAGAGGCGGCGCAUACAGAAUCGCAUUGCACAACGCAAGUUCCGCAAGAAGGCAAGAGAAAACAAAGAGAGAGCGGACCGAGACUCGAAGAACAGAGAGAACGCUGGCAACGCCUACCGCAUACCCACAGCAGACGACUUUGCCUGGAGCACCGAACCGUGUGGACUACCAUGGGGAGGGCUCAACUUUGGCCACGCCAUCGCUCGCGGGCACGAGUUCGAGAGCAGGCGGAGCAGCGGUCGCGCAACCACGGCGUAUACCGGCGGUGGCGACGAGAGCGUACCGGACAGCGGCAGCAGCAACAGUGGCAGGAGCAGCAUCAGCCUGAUGAUGCAGCCCAUGGCGUCGCCAUGUGCUUUCCCACAGGCAAUGUCGGGAUACGAGAGCAGCUUACCCGACGACUCGUAUAUGCCCAAUGUGCAGUAUACGUUCGACGCAUUCCUACAAGGGUACAACUCUCUGUCGCCAUUAUGA